ACUUCAUUGGAAUAAAAAAAUCAAAAAUCAUCCUUAAUUUCCUGUUCAAGUAUGGCUCAGGUAAAACAGGCAAUUCAAAAGAGUCUUCGGUUUUACGAUAUUGGAUUCAACGCAACAGAUCCUGUUUUUCGAGGCUUUUAUCAUGAGAAACAACGCCAUGUAGAUGAUUUUGACGCUAUCCUUUCUCGCGCGUUGUCGAAAGGUGUCCAAAAAAUGAUGAUUACUGGUGACAAUGUCGUAAAUUCAAGAGAAGCUUUAAAGCUUGCAAACCAACAUGAUUCUUUUACAUGUACAAUUGGAGUGCAUCCUUGUCAGGCCGAGUGCUUUAAUAAGAAUCCUCAGGGACCUGAAGACUACCUCCAUCAAUUAGAAGCCCUGGUACUUGAAGGAAAGAAAACAGGGAGAGUGGCUGCGUUUGGUGAAUUUGGUUUAGAUUAUGACAGACUUCAUUAUGCUCCAGCAGAAGUACAGAAAACAUACUUUGAAGAACAAUUAAAGCUUGCCGUCAAAAUGCAAUUGCCUUUAUUUUUACAUUCAAGGAAUGCAGCCAAAGACUUUUUUGAAAUCCUCGAAAAAUAUUUACCAAAUCUACCUAAAAAAGGUGUUGUACAUUCUUUCACCGGAACGAUCGAGGAGAUGCAGCAAUGUGUCGAUCAUGACCUAUAUGUUGGAGUCAACGGUUGCUCAUUAAAAACGCCUGAAAAUGUUGCAGUUGUAAAAGCAAUUCCUUUGGACAAAAUGUUAUUAGAGACGGAUGCCCCUUGGUGUGAGAUACGUCCAUCGCAUGCUGGCCAUGCUUUCUUGGAUUCCAAAAACGUUUUUGAUACAUGCAAAAAAGAGAGAUUUAAAGAAGGAUGUAUGGUUAAAGGAAGGAACGAACCAUGUAACACCGUGGUCGUUGCAGAAGCUGUAGCCAAGAUAAAAGGAAUAGAUCUCGAAGAAUUAGCUGAUAAAAUUUGGGAAAAUAGUAUUUCCUUGUUGGGCUAGAUAUUUUUGGACACCCAAUCGAGAACAACAAGUGCUUCUGAGCUUGGAGUGUUAUUUAUAGUAAAAGAAUUGACAAAUCCCAAUUCAUAUGCCAUUCCUUUCCAAGGAUAAUUCAUAAUUUCUUGUUGAAGGUGAUCAUUU